AUGUCCUUUGCUAGAGAAUCCAUAAAGAUCCCUAGGAUCGAGUUCCUCAAGAACCGUAUCUAUUUGGCAGCAUACGAUAAUGUACCUGUUGAUACAGAUUCAACCGUAUUCUUCACAAUAGAAGAUAUGCUUUUGUAUAACAACUUUAACUUGGACUUUGGUCCUUUACAUAUUGGCGCCUUGUACCGGUUUGCUGUGCUAUUACAUACCGUGUUGAAUGAUGAUGCUAACUCAGGUAAGGCUGUUUGCAUCUACAGUUCUACCGACCCUAAAAUGCGUUCCAAUACGGCUUGUUUACUUUGUUGUUACAUGGUAUUAAUCCAAUCAUGGUCACCUCAUCAAGUAUUACAACCAAUAGCUCAGAUUUCUCCUCCAUUUAUUGGAUUCAGAGAUGCUGGUUAUUCCACAGCAGACUUUGAAAUCACCAUCCAAGACAUUGUAUAUGCAAUGUGGAGAGCAAAGGAAAGAGGUAUGAUUGAUAUCACCAAUUUCAAUUUGGAAGAAUAUGAAUUAUACGAACGCGUUGAUCAAGGGGAUUUUAAUGUCAUUUCCAAAGACUUCAUAGCAUUUGCAUCACCUAUUCAAAAAAGACCACAGUACCUUAAUGAACCAUUCAAAAAAGUUCUAAGUUUCUUUCAAAAUAAUGAUGUUCAAUUGGUUGUUCGGUUGAAUUCAAGAUUAUAUGAUGCUGAUGAAUUCACCAAAAGAGGUAUGAAACAUAUUGAUAUGAUUUUUGAUGAUGGUACUUGUCCAACCAUGGAUUAUGUACAAAAAUUCAUUGGUGCAGCUGAAACUACAAUCAAUAAUGGUGGCAAAAUCGCUGUUCAUUGUAAGGCUGGGUUAGGAAGAACUGGUUGUUUGAUAGGUGCUCAUUUAAUCUAUACACAUGGAUUUACAGCUAAUGAAUGCAUUGCAUAUAUGAGAAUGAUAAGACCAGGAAUGGUUGUGGGACCUCAACAGCAUUGGUUAUAUUUGCAUCAAAAUGACUUUAGAGAUUGGAGACAUACCAUGGUUUUAGAUAACCGACCAGAUGAUUUCAUUGGAGGAUUAUUCUCCUUAUGUCCCUAUGAUGAAUUUAAAGCCAGAAUGAAACAAGAAUCUAGAAACAGGAAAUUACAACAAAUCAAUUCUUCAGCAACCAAUAUAGAUUCUUCUUUCUAUACACCAAUUAGAAGACGGAAGAUUAGUGGAGUUCUUGCAUCCAAAAUCCAUACAGCUGUUCCAACAGAAUCACCUGGACAACCAAGAAAGUAUCUUGACAGUAAUGAGAAUUCCGAGAUCCAUAUUAACAAUUCUGAUGUUGAAUUAGAUAGUAAAGAGCCACUGGUUGAUGGAGUAAUUGAAAAUAACUUGGAUAGUUCUCCAAGAAGAAGAACCUCUGAGAAUGAUUGGCAAGUAUUGAAAUCGGCUUCUGCAAACCAAACCCAACCUAUUCAUUUAACCAAAACUACAACCACCACAACCACUAGAACCAUUAGUACUACGUUAUCAUCAUCUCCUCAAUCUUCUCCAACACAUACCAUGAAGAUGCAAAAGACCAGAGUGUCUUCUAAGGGGAACAUCCAAAAGAAUGGUGUCCAUAGAGUUCUUUCCGGUGGAGUUAGAAAAUCAAGUGGUAGUGGUGGUUCCAUACGAAAGCCUUAUAAUGCUUAG